AAAGGGCACGUUUCCAAAUUGAAAACCUGACAUUCGGUAUAAAAUAGUUCCCCAGUUUUAGACUCACUAGAUUAGACCCAAGGAACCAUCUGAAACUCAAACACCCUCCAUUGCUGACUGACUCUCCUUUUCUCUUUCAUUUUCUAUCUGCAGAGGCUUUCCGAGAAAGCCAAAGAAAAGCUCCGCCCGUUCGUUCGUUUAAAUUGAGAAAGGCCCUCAAGGGUCUAUCAUGGCUAAAUCCAAGAAGCAAGCGUACAUCUCUGUCCCAUCUCAGAUAAUCGGCUCUCUCUCGUCUUCUUCGCUCCAAUCUCUCCUGGUCUCUCCCAAGAAGUCCUCCAAGAACAAGAACAAGCCAUGGAAAACCGCAAGGUUCUGGCUUUUCUGCAUCUUUCUCUGCGCCUUUCUCGGAAUGUUGAAGAUGUGGUUCAACCUCGAACCUUUGACUCCAUUUCCUCCCAACCCAUGUUCCAUUUUCCGUCAAGAAUCAUCCUCUCCAAACACCUUUUCGAGAUCACAGCUGGGUGUUUUCCCAAUGAAAAAUGGAGUAGGGGAAAAGAGUGGGUUCUGGAAGCAACCUGACGGGUUGGGGUACAGGCCUUGCUUGAGCUUCAGGGGGGAGUACAAGAAAUGGAGUCAAGAGAUUGUGAAAGAUAGAACAAAGUAUUUAAUGGUGGUGGUUUCCGGUGGGAUGAACCAGCAGAGGAAUCAGAUUGUUGAUGCUGUGGUGAUUGCAAGAAUCCUUGGAGCUGCUCUGGUUGUUCCAAUCCUGCAAGUCAAUGUUAUCUGGGGUGAUGAAAGUGAGUUUUCUGAUAUAUUUGAUUUGGAUCACUUCAAGGCAGUUCUUGCCAGUGAUGUUCGAAUAGUUUCAUCACUGCCAUCAACGCAUUUAAUGUCGAGGCCGGUGGAGGAGAGGAUGAUGCCGGUCAAUGCCACCCCUCAAUGGAUUCGCGCUCAUUAUCUCAGAAAGUUUAGGAGAGAUGGUGUUCUGCUUCUUCGCGGUCUGGAUUCCCGGCUCUCCAAGAAUCUUCCCUCGGAUCUUCAGAAGCUUCGUUGCAAGGUGGCAUUUCAUGCUCUGAAGUUUGCCCCGCCAAUCCUAGAACUCGGUAACAAGCUCACGGACAGGAUGAGGAGCAAGGGACCUUACCUCGCUCUGCAUUUACGCAUGGAGAAGGAUGUGUGGGUGAGGACGGGUUGUCUUCCCGGCUUGGGGACCAAUUAUGACGAGAUAGUAAUAAACGAGAGAAAGCUCCGACCUGAGCUCUUGACUUCAAAAUCAAGCAUGACUUAUCAUGACAGAAAGCUUGCUGGCCUCUGCCCCUUAAAUGCCUUGGAGGUUACAAGGCUACUUAAAGCUCUGGGAGCCCCAAAGGAUGCAAGAAUAUACUGGGCUGGGGGAAAUCCACUUGGAGGGGAAGAAGCCUUGUUGCCACUGACCAGAGAAUUUCCCAAUUUGUACAACAAGGAAGACCUUGCUUUGCCCGGGGAACUCGAACCAUUUGCAAGAAAGGCUUCCUUCAUGGCUGCCAUUGACUACAUAGUAGCUGAAAAUAGCGACGUUUUCAUGCCAUCUCACGGUGGAAAUAUGGGCCAUGCGAUCCAGGGACACAGGGCUUAUGCAGGGCACAGAAAGUACAUUACUCCGAAUAAACGAAAGAUGCUGCCUUACUUCCUAAAUGCUUCUCUUCUUGAAGCAGACUUCAACAAGAUUAUAAUGGACUUGCACCAAGAAUCCUUGGGCCAGCCAGAACUGAGAUCUAGCAAAGCUGGAAGAGACGUCACAAAAUUUCCAGUCCCCGAAUGCAUGUGCAACGAUUCAAAUUCGCGAUCUUCCAUGUUAUUCAACUCCCAAAACCUUGAGAUACGAUGAGGCCUCUGUGGAAUUUCCAAAUACCGAGGAAUGGCUUCUUAAAUUAUAGUUGAUAUAAGCUUAUAAUAUACCGAGGAAUGGCACACCAUAAUUCACUUCUUCUAUUGUUUAUGUAUAGUUUUUUUUUUUUUUUAUACUUUUUGAGGUUAUAAUUUAGUUGAUAUAAGCA